AUGACGAGGCAACGAUCAAAAAAGCUAUCGGAAAGUCGCAAGGCUGAGAAUAUCUCGCGAAACGCAACUACGCUCGACUCCGAUCAGGAAAGCGCCCACUCAGAAAGCGAGAGCGAGAAUCCCAGCAUAGCCUCGAAGGACGAUGAAGAAGAAGAAUUAGACCGACUAGUGCUUGGGGAUGGAGCUGGAUUCAAAGCCCAAUUGGCAUAUGACUUCAACGCCGGCCGCAAUGAGAGCGACGGUGAAGUGGCUGAAGAGGACGAGGAGGCCGAAGAGGGACUGGAGAAUGUAGAUGAUGCAGAUCUUUUCUUUCUUGAUGCGGGACCAUCUACAAUAGACCCGACUGCGCUGGCUACGAGGGCAAGUUCAGAUGAGUACGAUGAUGGAGAUGCGCCAGCAUGGGAAGACAGCGACGAUGAUCGAUUAACCAUAUCCCUCGCCGGCAACCCUCGAUUAAGGAAACUUCGAAAAAGUGAAGCAGAUGACGUGGUCAGUGGCAAGGAAUACACAAGGCGUCUUCGAAGGCAAUUCGAACGUAUGAACCCAGUGCCGGAAUGGGCGAAAGAAGCCGCAAGGCCGGCGAAGCGUCGGCGGAGGUCUUCAGCGGCUUCCAAUUCCUCGCUGUCCUCGAACGAUAUGGAUGUUGACGAUACAGAUAUCUCUACCCUUCCCUUGGCGCGACUACUUCAGAAUGCUGGUUCGUUGACCAGGACGCCGACGAGUACGAAUAAGAGACCCAAACUUCGCCCAGAAGUUCUCGAUAUACAACGAUCCAAAGACAUACCUCUCGUACAGCCAUCUGCGAUCUCCUCUUUGUCCUUCCAUCCUGAAUAUCCAGUCCUCCUCUCUUCAGGUCUAGCUUCGACCCUGUAUCUGCAUCACAUUGCACCUACCGCUCAUCCUACACCAAAUCCUUUACUCACCUCAGUCCACGUUCGAAAUACACCAAUACACACCUCAGCAUUCUUGUCUCCAAAUGGAGAUAAAAUCUUCUUUUCCGGAAGAAGGAAAUACUUCCACAUUUGGGAUAUGCCAACGGGUACAAUACAAAAGGUCACUCGUGUUUAUGGCCAGAAAGAUGAGCAGAAGAGUAUGGAAAGAUUCAAGCUGAGCCCAUGUGGAACAUACAUGGCUCUAGUAGGGACAUCCAGAAAAGGAGGUGGACUCUUGAAUAUUCUUGACGCUGCAUCUACACAGUGGAUUGCGUCAGCAAGGAUAGAAGGCAAAAAUGGUGUUGCUGAUUUCGCUUGGUGGAGGGACAGUAAAGGGCUGACGAUUGUUGGAAAGGGGGGUGAGGUAGGCGAAUGGAGCAUCGAGUCUCGUUCGUUCCUUGCUCGCUGGAUAGAUGAUGGAUAUGGUCCUACAGUCAUGACGCUCGGUGGAAAGAACGGCCCAGAAUCUCUUGGUGGUGACAGAUGGAUCGUCAUUGGCUCACAAAGCGGUAUCGUCAAUAUCUACGAUCGACGUGCUUUCGCUUCACCCAAAAACGAAAUCAUUGUCCCAGAGCGACCACAGCCUAAUAAAACGUUCGAGCAACUUACCAAGCCGACGAGUAAUCUGGAAAUUAGCCCUGAUGGGCAAUUACUGGUUUUCAGCACGAAGUGGAAGAAAGAUGCAUUACGUCUGGUGCAUCUACCAAGUUGUACUGUCUAUAGGAAUUGGCCGACGAGUCAAACGCCGCUGGGAAGAAUUACCGCUGUGGCGUUCAAUGGAGAGAGUAGUAUGUUGGCUAUUGCGAAUGAACAGGGGAAGAUCAGGUUGUUUGAGGUUAGAAGUUAG